UAGAGAGCGUAGAAGCCCUUGAUUUUACCGGAAAUGCAACGACGUUGAAUCUUAACUGGCGCAACUUGCUAGCGGGUGAAGGAGGGGUUGAUGUAUAUGAAGGCAACUGAGGACGUCCAGCCGACCGGAUUGAAGAAAGAUAAAAUAACAUCUCAAGAUACUCGGUUGGAGCCAAUGUCCACACCUUCCUGAUUGCAGUUAAGGAUCGUGGAUGUCCAUUUAAAGACGCUCGUAUCCGCUCAAAACAAAAAUUUCCGAGCAUUUCAAACGUACCAAGGAAAAGUCGACCAAGCUUUUGGAUCAAGUCAUGUCUCGCAGAAGAAGUCGAAGUCCAUCACCAGGGCGCCUUGCACGCACCUGUAGCAGUACGGAUCCCCGAGAUUUGGAACGGAGGAUUUUUGUUGGGAAUUUGCCGACAUCAGACAUGGAGAAGAAGGAUUUGGAAGAACUUUUCAGCCCGUAUGGAAAAGUAGUUGGCGUGUCCAUGUUUCGUGGCUAUGGAUUUGUACAAUUUGAACGCACAGAGGAAGCCGAAGCUGCAAAGGUGGCCCAAAAGGGCAGAAUUUAUAAAGGUUAUAAAAUAGAUGUAAAUAUGGCAGUGGAGCGACGGUCAGCUAAACCUCAUUCCCAGCCGAGCCCUCCACGCAGGCCCUCCUACGGCGGUUACGGAGACAGCAAAGAGCCACGGCCUCGGUCACGCUCACCUGUUUUUCCUCGCGACUCCCGAGAUCGUGACUCACGUGACACCCGAGAUCGUGACGCUCGAGAUGGACGUGACGGCAGGGAGGCAAGACCAGGAAGCCACCCUCGCGACCACGAAUAUCGUUACCGCGGGUCGGAGAGCAGGGACAAAGACCUGAGAGGACCGCCGAGAGACCCUGCCUACAGUAGAGAGGAGUAUGACCGCUUUUACCGUGGCGGAAGCGGCGCCGAAGACUACUAUAGGAGGAAGGAUGAAGCAUUCAGGGAGCCAUAUAGAGAUCCUUGGAAUGGACGUCGUGAGCCUGAAGAUGACCGCGCCCGUCCCGAGGAGCGUCGACGCAACGAUCUCUAUCGACAGUACUACGAAGAACUACAGCGGCGCCAAGACACCGAACGUCCCGUCGACUGCUCUGUGAUUGUUGUCAACAAGGCUCAGAAUCGGGAGUAUGCUGAGACGGUUGGGCGCAAAGUCCAUGAUCUGGGCAUGGUGGUGGACCUGAUCUUCCUCAACACUGAAGUGUCACUGACUCAGGCGCUGGAAGAUGUAGGCCGAGCGCGCACUCCUUUCGCCAUUAUUAUUACCCAGCAGCACCAGGUCCAUCGAUCCUGCACCGUCAACAUCCUGUUUGGCACACCUCAAGAGCAUCGCAACAUGCCCAUGCAGGACGCCAUGAUCCUCAUAGCCCACAACUAUGACACCUACAAGGUGGAGAGUCGCGAAAAGGAGCGUGAGGAGAUUGCCAGGAAGGCUGCCAAGAUGGCUGACGAUGUGUUGCUCAGAGAGCUCGACCGAGAGAGCCACCCGACCUCCUUGCUCACAUCCAUCACUCUGCUGGCCGAGAACAGGUUUUUAACGCCAGAGGAGUUGGAUGGUCUGGUAGCUUACCUGACAGACAAAAGAGCACGGCUCUUGCGGAACCCUGCAGAUGCUCACACAGGAGCAGUCCUCCCUGCGUCUGCCACCCCUCUCCAUGAUGUUGCCCCCCAGGCGACUGGCAUCGCUGCAUCCCGCCCGGCGCCUCAGACCAGCCACCUGGGCAUGCAAAAUCCUUUGAACACCCAGGCCACCCCCAACCACGAACUCCAAGCCAAGAUCCUCAGUCUCUUCAAAAGCAACACCGGGAUGCAGGGAGGGGUUGCUGCUCCGUCGUCCGCCGCAACUCAGUCUCAGGAGUACGGGUUGCCCGGGGCUGGCCACAACCUCGGCCGUCCAGGGAUGCCCGCUGCCCCUCAAGCUACAACUCAGGGGUACGGUGCCCAAAUGGGCCGAACGCCCCAAGCAUCCAGUGGUCAAAGAGUCCCCAACUCUGCUGCUGGUAUCAAUUUUGAUAACCCGAGUGUCCAGAAAGCUUUGGAAACUCUCAUCCACAGCGGGCCGUCUCUCAAUCACCUGGUGAAUCCUGGGGCUCUGGUUCAACAACAACAGCAGCAGCAGCAGCAACAACAACAGCAGCAACAGCAACAGCAGCUGCAACAGCCACUGCACCCUCAGCAACAACACCCUCAGCAACAGCAGCUGCACCCUCAACAGCAACACCCUCAGCAGCACCCUCAGCAACAACACCCUCAGCAACACCUGCAGCUGCAACAGCAGCAGCAGCAGCUUUCAGCAGGUAGACCAGCAGCCGGCAUGGCCUCUCAGAUGCCCAUGUACCCCCGACAUUACUGAUAGCCCACCCUGGACCCCAUUUCCAGACUGUAGACGUGUUUUGUAAACGAUUUUAAUCUUUUGUUUUUAUUAUCGUAUUUUCAUGCUUUUGGUUCCAUUUGAAGACGGUCAGUUAAAUGUUCUUUGUUCAUGAUGGUUCUACAGUCCUCCUUUGUGCUCGUGUACAGAAUGUUCUAGAUCAACAUUAAAAAGUCACACCACCAA